UUCCCGCACAGCACCGGCCAGGUGCACAGCGACGAUGAUUCGACGCGCGGCUGGGUGCGUCGCUGUACUAUGGAUGGUCUCUCUUCACCUCGCAGGAUGUGUAGAGCUGCAGACACCUCUCGGCACCCUCCGAUCGGAUGCUAAUCUUGUGGUCUCGGUGCCGGCGGGCCAGGCGACGGCGCUGUCUCAGCACCACCUGCAGCUGGUGGCCGCAGGCGCCGCGCCGCAGGACGUGCUGUUCCACGUGCAGCGGCCGCUGCCGCCCGACGAGGGGCGCCUGCUGCACGCCGACCGCCCGCUCGCCCCGGUGAACUCAUUCACUCAGGCAGAUGUGGAUGCCCUGAAAAUAGUCUAUCUCCCACCACAACAAGUACAAGAGUCUAGUGAAAGUGUGUUCACAAUAGCUUUACUAGUGACAAUGCGGCAAGGUGGUCCAGCUUACAACUUUGAACUCAGGUUUAGAGUGCAUUCAUAUUCAGCUAUGCAGCUGAUAUUCAAGCAGAAGAAUCCUCAUCUACAGCUGAAAUCUGGACAAACAAUAAAUGUUACACAUGUUUUUGAGCUUGAUGACAUCAAGAACAGACUUCAUGAUAUACGAUAUGUAAUAACGGAUAUACCAAGAAGAGGAGUUCUGUCUCUACUAUUUGCUAAUGGAACAGUUAUAAAACUUGGAAUUGGACAUGAAUUUAAACUUCAUCAUCUAAAGAAUGGUACCAUCCAAUACAGCCAUAAUACUUCAUAUCAUCACAGGAAAGACCAUUUUGAGGUUCUGGCAACAGAUGGAAUAUCUGAGGCAAUAAACAGUGUUCAUCUGACAAUUGAGAAACCAGUGACAAUACAGUUUGCUGUCAGUGCUGGGGACACUGUGUUCACAAUGGAGGAAAAUGGUCCUCCACUUCAGAUUCCAAUUUUACGAGUUGGUUCAGAUUUAUCCGAGGAGUCACAAGUCCUUUGUGUAACAUCACCAGGCAAUGCAACACCAGACCAAGAUUAUGAGCACAUUGAGAAGGUAGUGACAUUCCAAAAAGGGUCAAAAUCUUCUGUUUGUGAAGUAAAACCUGUUGAUGACUCGUUGUAUGAAGGAGAAGAAAACUUUUUUAUCCAGCUGGAAAGAAUCCCAAAUGGUGCAGCUGAGUUAGGAAUUGUCUCUAAACUUCAUGUGAAGAUAGUUGAUGUGGAGGACAGACCAGUUGUACAAUUUGAGAGAAGCCAUGUUGCUGUCAACGGGAGUCAACCAAGCAGAAUGGUCACUAUUAACGUACUCCGAACAGGAGGUAUGAAUAUGGAAUCAGUUGUCAGCAUUCUAUCUGAAGAAGGGACAGCGCAGUCUCUUGUAGACUAUGAAUCUUACUCACAGAGGCUACUGUUUGCACCAUAUGUCACAAGCUUGCCAGUGCAUGUCAGACUGAAGCAGUUUUAUAAAACAACCACUCGCAGUUUCUCAUUAACACUGAAAGCUGAACAUCCUACAAUCCUGGGUGAAAUUUCAACAGUUACAGUUCUGCUGAACAACUCAUCAAGGAACUCCAGGUCUGCAGCAAGUCGUAUUCUGCCAACACGCCCAGUUAUUUUGUCAUGGGGAAGCAAUGGAACACAAUUUCCUGACAAUAACAUGCAAGUGCAACCAGGAUACCCUGUUACUUGUGUGACACCGUGUGAUGUGCAGCAUCCAGAUUAUGGACAGACUAUUAACUUACUGUGUUCAGCAGCAGGUAUUUCUGAUCCUGUCACAGACAUCAUGGUACACUGGGAGGUUUCCACUGGUACUGGACAUCCUUACAGGACAGUGUCUACAGCUCCUAUUGAUAUGCUUAGUACAAGACAUGCUCCUCGUGUGCUAGAUCCUAUAUUCUUUACUUCUGGGUUCAAAAUACGCUGCACAGCUAUCCCACUGAAUGAAGAAUGGGGAAAAAAGGUGGAAGGUCUACCUGUGAGAAGUGCAACAGUGAAAGUUGGAUCCAAAAAGCUGUGUCCAGCUUCCAAUGAAGCUCCAUCAUUCUUAGCUACAUUCACCAGUGGUAAUGAAAAACAAAACAACAGCAAGGUGCACAUUCGUGUGGAGGUACCACAUAUUGAUGGAACAGUGCCUAUUAUUUCUACUGGACCGAUUGAAGCACCACACCAGCUCAUGAGAGAGAGUCAAUACAUUAACCAAAAUCCCUGUUCCAACACAUAUCAAGGAAGUGCCUUCCUCAAUGACAAAGAAAAUAACAGAUAUCGCAGUAACCCAUACUCCACUCUUCAGAAUGUUAAAACACCAGAAUUAUACACUCAUUUGGAUCUUGACACUUGCCUUUGGACAUUUGAUGCAUGGUUUAACAUGAAUGAAAUUGUGAAUGACUGUGGCGGAAGAAUCAAAUCUGAAGUACAGGUAGAAGGAAGUGACAAGAACCAUGUGACUGUUUCUCUAUCACUAUACCUAAAAAGGUUAUCAGCCUCUGGACCCCCCAUUGGUUGGAGUACUGUUGAGCAUCAGACAGAGCUGGAGGUGUCUUUCCAUUAUCGGCCAUUGCUUUGGGGCAGUCAAUUAAAACUUCAGCAACUGUUGAAUGCAACUCUACAGCUGAAGAGAGUGGCUGCUGAUUCAGAUGGCCGGUUGCUGCUGGAUUUUACAACAACUACUCACUUUCAUGGCUGGUUUGUGACAUCUCACAGAGGAGCCCCUCAUGUGAGAUCCACUGUUUACCCUCCACAUGGACUACUUACCAACAUGUCACUGCAUCUCAUAUGGUCACAGGCAACAUGGAACAAUCCAGUGCAGUCUUGGAGGGCAACUAGUGAUUACAGUCUCCAGGAUUACUCUGGAAACUACACAGCCAGUCUUGUGGCAUGUGUUGCUGCUCCUGGGCUUCAGUACACACCAAAUGCUGCCGGUGACUGCAUACCUCAAGUAUCACCUGUAAGGUUGUCUAUUCCUGUAAAUUUUCAGCAUAGUGCUAAACCAGCAGCACUGUCAUAUGGACUUGAGACACAUUUUGUCAUCAGCAAUAACCUUGACAGUUUAUUAGGACCACCAGAAAAUCUUCAGGAUUACAAAGGCCCCUACUUUCCUGAGGAAACAGUUGUUGGGCAUAUCCUUUGGCUUCCUACCCACCAAUUGCACUCAGCAUAUCAGUUAACAGUACAUCGUGUCUAUGUUUGUUCUGGAAAUGCUGAUACUGCCCCUACCAGUUGCCUACGGGGAUCUCCAGGACUGGGCCACACUAUCUUAUUACUGGAUAGAGAUGAUCCAGAAAUUUCUGAUGACUCUUACAAUGAUAACUCCUUCGAAGCACGUUUUGCUUCUGAAAUGGAUGAUUUUGGCAAGCUCACUCAUUUUCCUGGAGCUGAUGGCUUCAUCUUCAAAGUAGCACCUUUAUAUAGUAUGAAUGUUGGUAAUCAAUGGUAUCUACAGGCAUUGUACAGUAUUGGUCCAAGAAGUGCCACACGAUAUACAAGAAGUGUAGAUAAUGGACUGCCAGAGAAUGCCUCAACUGUAAAACCAUUUUUGCUUGAACCAUCCAUCAAUGUACCUCACGCAAAAGAAGUGUUGGCUCCAGGAACAUUUAUUGCAGCUGCUGGGGUGAUUCUUCUGACUGCUUGCUGCCUGGGAGGAGCAUUGUGUCAGUCAAGAAGGCAACCUACUUCUGAUGUCGUUGCCCCCCCUCAAUAGCUCACUGCAAAGCCCCAAUACUGGGAAGCAACAAGUGCUGCUGAGAGCUAUACCAGUCACUGUGUGGAAUGACCUUGCUUCUAACGAAGGCACUGAAGUGUGAUAUUAUAAAUACUACCUCAUGUAGUGAUAUCAUUGUAUGUUGCCACUAUUAAGUUUUUUAGACAGAGGAGGAACCAACUAUGUGGACAACUAUAGAUUCUAGUAUUUUUUGAGAUUAACUGUAAUCUCACACAUUAGAUAUUGCAUGAAUGUUAAAAGUGAGAAUUAAAAUUACCAAGGACACAGAUCUCUGACUUACCGAUAGAGCUGAAAAUCAAAUAACUGAAAUAGAAUUGUCAGAUUUAUUUAAUUAUUGUUUUAAAAAAAUGUUACUGAUUGUCUCACUUUCUUAAUAGUUGCUUCAGUGUUAAGUUCUAUAAAAAAAAGGCAGAUAAAAUAGCGAAAGAUAAACACUUGUACACAGACAACCCAUGUUCCCUAGGGAAACACAGUGACCAUAUUGUAAAUUUCUUAAAUUACAUAUUUCUCCUAUCACAUUUGUGUUGCACCCACAAAAUUGAUCACACCCAGCUUGCCAGCCACUCGUGUCCAUGAACAGUGCACUACAUACAAUCUUGCGUAAUCAACAACUGUGCUCGACACAGCACAAUUAAUCAUGCCAGUGUGCACGUGGCCUAAGAUACACCUCACUGAAACUUGGAAAUUAGUGCUACCACUUAUACAGUUUCCUGAGAGACAAAUAGAAAACAUUUUUUUGCUGGUUACUACAAUUUGAUAGCUGCUUAGAUUGGACACAUUUCCUAUGACUCAUAUUACAAGUCCACAAACAGCCAAUAUGUUAAAAAGCCAUCUUCAGUCCUUUUGUUAUUUAUGACAAAUGAAUUUAAUGCAUCUGCUCUUGCAUUUAUUUAAUUAGCACAAAAAUAAUUUAUUAACUAUCUAAGCCUAAUAUUAUAUUCAAUGGCAUAUUUAACUCAAUAAUAUAGCUUUAUUUAUGAGUAGCUAUUACACCCAAUACGAGUAUACUAGUGUUGUACCAACUUGCUGCACGUGCCAGAUUUUAUAUUAUAUCUCGCUUUUGGGUCUUUUAGGGAGCUUUUGUUGUUGGUUAGCUCUUUCCUUGUUCCAAUGUGAUUCAUGUAUAAUGAUAGACUAAUUUAUGGAAUCAGUAAAUUCUACCAGGAGGUAUCACUUCAAAUGCUCUAUGUCCAAGCUCACACAUUAUCUAUCUUAUACAGUGUUUCUUUAACAAUAAGAAAAUAUCUUCCUUCUAGGAUUUUAUAAUAAGUUCUGUACUGGUGGAAUGUAUAACUUUACAAACUUGGUUAUCCACCAUUAAAUACAUUAUUAUUAUUAUUAUUAUUGUUAUUAUUAUUAUACCUACUACUCCUGCUGCUGCUGCUACUACUAUGUCGUCACUGCUACUACCAAUGUAUUAGAAUUUAACGAAGAAAAAUCAAAGGAGCACAGUACAAAUCUUUCCCAUGGCAUAAACAGUUACUGGUAACUGUUACAAUUUAUUAUCCUGUAUAUUCAUAUUACUUUAAAAAAUUAAGGUAAUAUUUAAUUUUAACUGCAUAUUAAUAUGACUUUUGUAC